AUGGACAAAACUUGGGAUGUUGUUAUUGCUGGUGCUGGGCCAGUAGGACUGUUUCUCGCAUGUGAAUUGGCCACAGCUGGUGUCUCGGUACUCGUCUUGGAACGUGAGACACAGCCAGGGUCACCUUGGAAGGAGGGAUUAUUUGGUCGUCGCGGUCUCUAUAUCCCAUCAGUAGAAGCAUUCUACCGUCGUGGCAUGUUGCAGGAGAUCAUGGGUGAUGAGAAGCGUCCGAUGCAUUUCGAAAAGACCCAAGGCUUCCAGUUUGGGGGACAUUUUGCGGGCUUGGUGGUUAAUGCCAACAAUAUUGAUUUUUCACGCUGGCCGUAUCACUUGCCAGGACCGUCUUUUCUUCCUGGCCCAACCUCUCUUGGACGUCUCGAGACUGUGUUGACGAAACGCACAGAGACCCUCGGUGUACAAAUCCUCAGAGGAAGGGAAGUCUCCCAACUAACCGAUGAAGGUGACUCCGUGCAGAUAUGGGCCGGCGAUGAGUGCUUUACGGCACAAUGGCUAGUCGGAUGUGACGGUGGACGCAGCACAGUUCGCAAAGCUGCUGGAUUUGAAUUUGUCGGGACAGAAGCGCAGUUCACUGGUUAUAUUGCGAUGUGCGAUCUCGACCAGCCAGAGUUAUUGCAGCCAGGAUUUACACACACAGACUCGGGAAUGUAUAUAUUUAGCGGGCCUGGACAUCUGCAUGUCAUCGAUUUCAAUAGGGGGUUUGACCGGUCUCAACCCAUUACGCGGGAACACUUUCAAGAAGUACUCCGCCAAGUGUCGGACACAAACAUCGUUGUCAAAGCGCUUCGUCAAGCCUCCUCAUUUACCGAUCGCGCGAAGCAAGCAACAGAGUAUCGUAAAGGACGCAUCCUUUUAGCUGGUGAUAGUGCCCACAUCCACUCCCCAUUGGGCGCGCAAGGAUUGAGCACGGGGAUUAGCGAUGCCAUGAACCUCGGCUGGAAGCUUGCGGCUACCGUUAAGGGGGUUGGAUCUCCCGGUCUGCUCGAUACUUAUUAUCAAGAGCGGCAUCCAGAGGCCGCACGAGUGCUUGAGUGGACUCGCGCUCAAGUGGCGAUAUUACGCCCUGAUCCCUAUGGCCAGGCCAUUGCGGAUGUCAUGCGUGACAUGAUUAAAACUCAAGAGGGGGCCACUUACCUCGCGGAUCGCAUCUGGGGACUUUCACUACGCUACGAGCUGGGCGGUGCACAUCCACUAGUCGGUUGUAGCGCUCCGGACUUUGAAUUCGAUGAUGGUCUGCGACUUGGAGCUAAGUUGGAGAAAGCAUCCUUCUUGGUUAUUGACUUCGGGGGCAACAGCCGGGUGGCAGAGUUUGUCGAGCCUUUACAGUCCCAGCAGUUCAUGAUCCAAUACUGUGGACAGAGCGCAAAGGAGACAUUCGGGCUCAAGGGUUUACUGUUAAGACCUGAUGGUAUCGUCGCAUGGGUCUCGACUGACGAGAUUGAGAUACAAAGACUGAAAGAUGCAUUGUCCCGUUGGGUAAGCGUGGCUGCAAUGGAGGCCUGA